AUGGCACAUGAAGCCACGCCUCAGCACUCACCCUGCAGCAUCAAUUCCAGCUGCCCGUCUACAUGGCUGGCCGCCCCCAGUGGGCGGUGCACAGUGGCGGUGCACAGUGGCGGUGCACAGUGGCGGUGCACAGUGGCGGUGCACAGUGGCGGUGCACAGUGGCGGUGCACAGUGGCGGUGCACAGUGGCGGUGCACAGUGGCGGUGCACAGUGGCGGUGCACAGUGGCGGUGCACAGUGGCGGUGCACAGUGGCGGUGCACAGUGGCGGUGCACAGUGGCGGUGCACAGUGGCGGUGCACAGUGGCGGUGCACAGUGGCGGUGCACAGUGGCGGUGCACAGUGGCGGUGCACAGUGGCGGUGCACAGUGGCGGUGCACAGUGGCGGUGCACAGUGGCGGUGCACAGUGGCGGUGCACAGUGGCGGUGCACAGUGGCGGUGCACAGUGGCGGUGCACAGUGGCUAUUACCUACUCCACAACCGGCACCCACGCCUCCUCACCGCUCACCGGUGCAGCAUGACUUCGAUCUGCCCGUCUGCCAGGCUGGCCGCCCCCAGUGGCCGGUCCACCAGCAGUGAGAGCUGGGCGGUGCUGUCCGCUAUGAACGCCCCUGCUGUGAGCUGCACCUCAACGGGCAACCAGCAGCGAGAGCUGGGCGGUGCUGUCCGCAAUGAACGCCCCUGCUGUGAGCUGUGGGCGGGCAUAGGAGGGGGCAUGGAUGGGCGAUGCUCGCAGGAGAGAGGAGGAGAGAGGAGGCAGAGGAGGAGAGAGGAAGGCAGUGGAGGAGAUGUUAGGCAGAGGAGGGGAAAGGAGGGGAGAGGAGGGGAGAGGAGGGCAGAGGAGGAGAGAGGACGGCAGAUGAAGGGAAAGGAGGGGAGAGGAGGGCAGGGGAGGGCAGAGGAGGGCAUGGGAGACGCCGUGUGA